AACCCUAGCCCCAAACCAACGCUUGCAAGCCCCAAUCCAUCUACCAGCGGCAACGAGGAAGGCGAUUGCUGUUGUGUCGGCCAAGCAAGAAUUUCGAACAGUGAAUCAACUAUGGAAGAUCAAAGAAAACGAACGCUGGAAGCUCUGGAGCGAAGGUUUGCGCAAGCAAAAGCAGAGCUUCAGACACAACAACAGAGGAGCAAGAAAAGGCCAGCUGAAGAUAAGGAAAGAAUUGCGUCAAAUAUCGAAUCUUCAUCGCCAGAUUCAACAGUAAAAAAGUCCUCUGGUACUCCAUCUAGAAAAGGCAACUUUUCUUUCUCGGGUCAUACUUCCAAACAGGAUGUAGAAGUAAUUGAACCAGCGUACUUCAACCUUUCUCACUCUGUUGAUGAAAAUUUGCUUCCAGCCAAUGUUGAGGUUUCUGAUAGAAAAGUCACAGUUGAUCGGAUUUUGCAUGAGCUUUUCCAACAUGGUGAUUCAGCUCAGAAGUACAUGCAAGGAUCUAAAAGCAUGAAAAUUGAGAAUACAAUACUUCUUGAUAAUUAUGUUCAUAGAAAUGGCAUGUCUAGUGGUGGUCUUACCCGGGCACUAAAGAAUGGGUCAAAACGCUCUAAAAAGCAUAUGUCCAUCAAGCAGCAUAAGCGGAGUGGAUCAUUUGAUUUGCCUAAAGAGUUCCAUAACUUUGAACUCUUCAAGCCUUUGCAUGAGAAGUGGAAAUCAUACAUUGUACACCUUCUGAAAAUCGUUGGGAAAGAUCAGCUUCCUCAGUGUUUUCUCAAUGCCGACCUACAUGGUGCAGUCAUCCUAGUUGUUCAGUGCAAAGUACCUGCCUAUGUUGGGAUACAUGGCAUCAUGGUGCGAGAAACUAAAGAAACAUUUGGAAUCAUUACCCAGGAUAACAAAUUCCGAGUUGUGCCCAAAAAGCUUUCCGUAUUUGUACUCCAAGCUGAUUGUUGGAAGAUAACACUUUAUGGAGAUAGACUUGUGUCCAGAAACUUGGUCCCGUGAUUAUAAUCUAGUUGGAUCACACGGUCGUUUCAAGAAAACCAUCCAGAUGUAUGAGUCAGGCCCCAUUGUGGAGUUGGAGCUUACAGAGCAGCCGAAAGGUUUCAUCAUAUAUGCCACGCCCAUCCAGUUGGUUGGAUAUGAAAAAUAAAUUAAGUUCUCCGUUUUGCCAAUUGUAAAGUCCAAUAUUCUACCAGGGAGAGCCUUCUGUUCUACUAAUUUAUGCAGGACACGGGACAAGAAAUUUAUUUAGGAUGCUCUUGUUUCAGUGUCUGCAACCUACCUCUGCCAGGAGAGCACAAUUUUGUCAUCUAUACUAUAUAAAAAAGAAAGAUCUUCGCUCACAAAUAGCGGUUAAUGGCAUCGCUGUAUCAUUUUUUUGUAAAGCCAAAAAUAUCCUUCAAUUUUAUAUUUUAUAUAAAUUGGUAAAUUAGUU